AAUUUUAAAGCUGCAAAAGUUGAUAUUUAUAAUUUGAAAACUGGUGAUCUGGAAAUUUCUUUAUGUAAUCAUGCUACUCAUUCAUCAUCAACGGUUAAUGAUUUAACUGAAUCAAUAUUUGCCAUUUCCAAAUACGAAAGUAUGGUUGUACAUUGUGGUGGUACAAACAUCAUUACUUUAUAUUUGAUGGAAAAUGGUCUAGAAAUCACAACAAAACAAAAAUCCAAAAUUAUUACCUCAAUUAUAAUUUGGGAUAUUUUUGAUUCUAAUAAUGAUAGCAACUUGUGUAAAAAACUUGAUGUCGCUCCUUCAGAUUUUAACUGUUUACUUUAUGCUUAUGAUAAGAAUUUUUUCACAUCAAGCUUUGGUAAAAUUUAUUCUUUAGAUGAAAAUGGUGAAUUAUUCUCUUUGUUGGACCAUCCUGAUAUUUCUAAUAUCUUGAACAGUAGUUGUGGUGAUAAUAAUGACAUGUUAGCAUUAGAAUUAGAUGAAAAUGAAUCACGAUAUUAUCACAUGAUUUAUGAGUUGGAUGGUAGUUGUGCUAGUCUAAACAAUUAUCAUGGCAAAUUGAUUGUCAAUAAUAUUGAACCUUGGAUAAAUCAUAAAUACAAGAGGAUUUCAGUAUUUUUAAAUCAUGAGAAAACAACUCAACUCAUUAUUGGAUUAACUACA